AUGGCGAUGUUUAGGACCGAAUCCGUUGAAGAGUUUUACCAAGUUGGAGAAGAUAUUGGCAGUGGCCAGUUCUCCGAGGUCAAGAGGGUGACUGAGAAGAGCACGGGGAAGGACUACGCCGGGAAGUUCAUCCGGAAGAGGCGGACGGCUGCCAGCAGGAGAGGGGUCAAGCGAGAGGAUAUCGUUCGGGAGGUCAGCAUCCUUGAGGAGCUGUCACAUGAUAACAUCAUCUCACUGCACGAUGCCUUUGAGACACAGAAAGAGGUGGUCCUCAUCCUUGAACUGGUAACUGGAGGAGAACUCUUCCAUUAUCUAGCAGAGGAGGACCAUGUCAAUGAGGAGGUAGCGGCUCAGUUUGUCAAGAAGAUCCUGGAAGCUCUUAAACACAUGCACGAAAGGAAUAUAUGCCACUUUGAUCUUAAGUGUGAAAGCAAAUUACAAGAACUUUCUCAACCCAGUGAGAAGCUGGGUGCAGGUGAGGUGGUCAUUGCUUGCUGA